CACUGGUAGGCGGAGCAUGGCGUGGACAGAGGCUAGGGGUGCCGCAUGUUGCUGGAGCCACACUUGGUUUAAUGGCUGUUGUUUGUGUUGUCUGGGCUGAUGUGGAGGGAGCCCCUACUGAUGGUAAAAACCAGCUAGUCGGAGAUAUGCUAUGUCUCGGAGGGUCAUUGCUGUUCGCUAUAGUGACAGUACUUCAAGAAAUGAUGCUCAAAACAAUAUCCUGUUCCCAGUAUCUUGGAGCACUUGGUGUGAUUGGCAGUAUUGUAGCUUGCACUCAAACAUUCUUCCUUGAAUUCGGAGAAUUAAUCACAUUCAACUGGUAUGAAUUGGAGACCAUCAUGCAACUUGGAAGCUACUCAUCAAUACAGAUGAUAUUUCAAAUAUUAACAAGUUUUAUGCUGAGAGAUGCCGGCUCUAUUCUACUACACUUGUCUUUUUUAUCUGCUGAUUAUUAUACUGUUAUUGCUGGGAUGUUUAUCUUCCAGUUUAAGUUCCACGCUCUUUACUUCCUGUCGUACCUUCUGGCGAUGGUGGGGGUGUUCUUAUUCAGCGCGCGACCGACUGCGCCGCCGCCGCAACCGCCACGCCUGCCGCAGCUCGUUCAUGACUCCGUGCAAACUCAGGACAACGUAUCCAUGGAAUACACUGUACCAACAUUGGACUGCAUACCAAUAGAAGGUCUAGAGCCACCAAUGAGUAGAGACACGACAUUCACAUCAUUCCUGGGUGGUCCACAAACGAGUAUGCCCAAUGGAACAGUCUCAUUUGGACAGAACGGCGUACAAAAGGAACCGUGCUAAGUAUAAAAGUAAACAUUCUAUCUAAUUAUAUAUCUUGUGAACUAAUUUGAUGUGACAAACACGUUCCAUAAAACACACUUUUGUUAUAAGAAACCAUUUCUAAUUCAACAUGUUACUUUCAAUUCAGAGAGAGUUUCAAAAUAGGUUAAAAAGCACAAUCGAACAAAUUAAAAUAUCUUCUUGUUUAAAAUAUCUUCUAAUUAAAAUAUCGUGACUUAGACAAACUCAAACAGCCAGUACUUGCUCUAGUUGGCGCCAAAAGGUAAAAGUUCAAUAAUUGAAACAAUUAUAACUACAA